AUGGCCGCCUGCUGCCAACUCCGGGGGAAGCGGCUCCCGGAUCCUAACCGGAGCAGCCGUGGUCCCCGCCCCUCCCGCCGCCGCUUUUGCAGUUCGCCACACCGGCUCCCCCCCGGCCACCGCAGCGCGCUUUCGCUGCUGCUCUUCCUCCUCUGCUGGCUGUGCGGAAGCGCGGGGGCCGCCCCGGAGCCAGGGCGCUGGGCCGUUACCGUCAGCAAUGGAUCAAGACCAUUAAUAUUUAGGAAAACUAUGUUUAAUUCUACUGAAAUCAAACUUAAAAUUAAGUCAUUCAGCUGUCCUGAGCCUGUGAAUUUUACCAUAGAAUGGCAUUUGAAAUAUCAUGCAUGUCACAAUGAAUAUACUAAGAUGGAAGAACUGUUAGACAAACACAUUCUUAGUGGCAACGAAGACUUCUGUAAUGAUUAUUUCCAAGGAAAACAAUGUCGCAAGCAAAAAAGUGAACAUUUGAAUUGUGACAGCAGUUUACAGAUGUUUCCUAUGUUGAGUAGUAAAGAGCAAACAGUAAUAAAUAUGAAAAAGUUUCCAGAUUUGCAAGGAUCAAUGGAUGAUGUUGUAGCCACAACAUGGAGGGAUGGACCACAUCUCUUUAUUGUUUCUUUUAAAACAGAAAAAGAAGAUACAAACUGGAAUUUGAAUGUUUCUCUUUCGAUGGUGGGCCUUCAUGGAUAUAUCUCUGCAUCAGAAUGGCCUUUAAUGAUUUUUUACAUGGUGAUGUGCAUUAUUUACAUUUUAUAUGGUAUACUCUGGCUGAUGUGGUCUGCCUGUUAUUGGAAGGAUCUAUUAAGGAUUCAAUUCUGGAUUGCUGCUGUUAUUUUCCUGGGAAUGCUGGAAAAAGCAGUAUUUUAUGCGGAAUAUCAAAAUGUCAAUACCACAGGACUGUCUUCCCAAGGCUUAUUAAUGUUUGCUGAGCUGAUUUCUGCAAUUAAGAGAACAUUAGCACGCCUCCUGGUUAUUAUUGUGAGCUUGGGCUAUGGCAUUGUGAAACCCCGUUUAGGAACAGUUAUGCAUCGAGUGAUCGGACUGGGUGCUCUUUACUUCAUUUUUGCAGCUAUUGAAGGCAUUAUGAGAAUUAUUGGGGGUCCUAACCAUGUAGCUGUUCUCAUUUGUGACAUUAUUUUAGCAAUCAUUGACUCCAUUUUUGCAUGGUUCAUAUCCUUUACUGCAAAAGAAUCUGAUCUUGUUCCUCUGGCCAGCAUCCCUUUGGCUUUGCUUGAUUCUGGCUUAUGCUGUAUGUAUGUGUACAUAUUUGUAAGUUUGGCACAAACAAUGAAGACGCUUAAACUAAGGAAGAACACAGUGAAAUUUUCACUCUAUAGACACUUCACAAAUACUUUGAUUUUUGCUAUAUUGGCUUCUAUAAUAUUUAUGAUAUGGACAACUAAAAAGUUUAGAUUAGCAGAAUGUCAGUCUGAUUGGAUGGAACUCUGGGUUGAUGAUGCAUUUUGGAGAUUCCUUUUCUCUCUCAUUCUUCUAGUAAUAAUGUUUUUAUGGAGACCAUCAGCAAAUAAUCAAAGGUAUGCCUUUACACCCUUAAUAGAUGAUUCAGAUGAUGAAAUUGAAGAAUUCACAGUAGUAUCUGACAAUUUAGCUGAAGGCAUAAAGUUAAGAGCUUCAAAAACUGUUUCCAAUGGAACAGCUGUACCUGCUUCUUCUAAUAGUGUUGAUGAAGAUUUGAAGUGGGUAGAAGAAAAUAUUCCUUCCUCCUUCACAGAUGUAGCUCUUCCAGUUUUAGUGGACUCAGAUGAGGAAAUAAUGAUGACCAAAUAUGAAAUGUCAGAAAGAAUGUUAUCUUCAGAAAAGAUAAUGUGAUUAGAGCCUGCAUAAAUGAAGCCUAGUUAAUGGCAAAGAAUUAUUCUUAUCCGAGCCCUAAGAAAUCUUCACCAGCUAUGCAUAUAUGUUUAUAUGUAUUGUUAGUGUCCAGCCAUCUGGCCUUUUUGUUUUGCAUACACGACACACCUAUCUCCUGAUUCUCUGCUGUUUGGGCUGCCCCCCAUAUCUGGAAUGCCUGUCCUCCUUCAGUCAUCUCCGCUUCUUAUAGUACUUGUUUUUUUUUCAAGACUCAAGCACUGCUUGCUACAAAAGGUCUUUCCUGGUCAUCUAUCUCACCCAGCUUCGAGUGCCUUCCUCCUAA